CGUAAUAACUGCAACCAUACUCAGAAGCUUUGUUUUGUAAACACAACCAUGUUGUUCUGUUCUCACUUUUUUAACUCUUGAUUUACAACUAAUUUUAAAAAAGCACAGAAUUUUAAAAUUACAUUAAUUAUCGGCUUUUAAAUGGAGAACUCUGAAGAUCAACUAAUUGAGAGACAAAAUGUGCUGUACCUCAGUAAUAUUAGCCGUAAAAUAAGUUUGACGUGUGCGGCUGCAUCUCGUUAUUACAUGUUUAAUUCGAAGAAAAUUAUAGAUAAGUCAUUGUCAAAUACAAAAGAAAUCAAGAAACACCAAUGUUGUGAACAUUGUGGUAGCUUAUGGUCGCCAACUAAUCACAAAGUUAAGAUUCAGCCAGCUGCCAAAAGGAAUAACCACAUUAAAAAGUUGCUGAGGUGGGAGACUGAACAACCCUGGAAAUUAAAUAAUCAUCAAAAGAAGAAGUUGUUAAAAUAUAGGGAAUCUAGUACUAAAAUUGUAUACACUUGUUUUUGCUGCAAAAAAACUACAAAAUACCCAUGUUUUAAAAGAAAAAUUCAGACUAAAGAAAAAAUGACUUCCUUGUACUUAUUGCCUUCAAAAGUGAAGCCAGUGAAAAGAGAUUUAAAUGCAGGACUACUAAUUAGUCAUCAAAAGAAAAACAUGCCAACAGAGAAUGAGAAUAGUAUUGAAUCAAUAUCAAACAGUGAUAUGAAAAUCAUGGACAAAGAAUCUCCUUCAUUUCCUACAAAAGGACUUAAAUUGUCUUCAAAUCCAUCACCUAUAAUUAAACUCAGCUCAACUAAAAAACAGUGUCCUUCUCAAAAUGUAAGUAAUACGCCUAGUUUAUCAAAAAAGAAAAAGAAAUCAUUGUUAGCACAGAUAUUAAAACAAGAGCAAGAAACUGCUAAGAAAAAAUCGAGCUUGUCAUCUUUCCUCUUUUCUAUUUAAUGAAACUCUUACAAUGUUUAGAUUUUGUCUCAAACUGUGUUUUAUUAUAUUAAUUAUAUAAACUACUGCUCUGGAAAAGUCAAUUACAAAUUUUAGAGAAUAGUGUCAUUUGCAUGGAAGUAAAUAUUUUUCACAUUCUGAUAUGAUUCAAAUGUUUUUAAAGCUUGAUUAUUAUUUAUUACCAUUAUUUUUAACAAUUAUUCUUAAACUCACUUCUCUUAGAUAAUUAUCUUUAAAAUAUAAUAUUUUUUUAUUAUUUUUGUCAUGUUUUAAGUAGAAACUGCAUGCUCAUAAGUCUCUCUAUAUAAAUUCUAUAUAUAAUAUUCCUGAUUUCUAAGAACAGAUAUCAGAAAUAUUUUUUGGAGAAACAUGAAGGAAUAUAUACAGAAAUUAAACUUGAAUGUUUUAUAUAUCGAUUUAUAAAUCAUUUCGUUUUUUUUUUUUUUUUUUCUCAAUUAAAGCAAAUAUGUUUAAAAAAGGCUUUUCUAGUUAAUAGUUAAUUAUUUUUAUUUAAUAGUUUUUUUUUACCAUAUUGUGAUCAAAUUUUGCAUAAACAUAAAGGAACACUUACUUCUAAGGAAUUUGAUUGUGGUUUUCUAAGACAUUUUAAAUUUUUUAACAUUAUCACUUGUUUUAAAUCAUAAAUAAAUUAGUGGUAGUCUACUAGAAAAUUUAAAUUCGUCUACUUGUUCAAUUGAUCUUAAAUUUAAUUAUUUUUAAAAUUAAUCCAUGUCAGAUUAUAAGAAUAUCUUUAAAACAUAUUUGAUAAUCUUAACAGCUUCUUUUAACUAUGUGUUUUGUCCUUUUAUGUAUAGACUAAGAGUGAAAAUCAACUUGUGUUUUAAGUUUGUGUUAUUGACAAAUUUAAAAAAAAAAAAUUUAGCUUUAUCUUUUAAUAGCUUAAGAGUGUUUUUAUAAAGCUCUUCUGUCAAAGAGAAUAAAAAAGCAAGGGUUAAAAUGCCCUAAAAUCGAAGUGAAUCCAUAUAUACUAUAUCUUGCUGUAAUGUAUCACCUAAGAUUUAAAAUAGCCAAUGUGGUUGAAUAUUUAAAAAAAAUUAUUAAACAUUUUACAAACAUCAUCAAUUAUAUGUAUAUAUAUAAUGGACAAUAUUUUCGUAUCUAUUUUGAUGAAUAAUUUUUUAAUCUUUAUUUUUUUAAAUCCAAACAAUGCAAUAACUUUUUCAAAUAUUUCAAAAAAAAUUAAAUCAAAUUUAUCAAAACAUCAGCCUAUUGUUCACAUAAAAUGGGCUUGUGCAACUGACAACCUAACUAUUGCAAUCUCAACAAACAGCGAUAAAAAUAGUAUAAUAUUGGAUUAAAAAAAAGUUACACUUCAUGGUGGCAGAAGAGCUUUUAAAGAACAGCCUUGAUGUACCUGUCUACAGUUAGUGUUCUUCCAAAAUAAGGAAGAACAAAACAAGGUAAAGCUCCAGUGAACUCAAACUGAUUUUUAUACUGUUUUCCUUUUAUUAUAACUAUGCUGAUAAUACUGUCAUUUAGUGGGCUACUUCUUUUAAACUACUAUAGUAUGUCAAAUAACAAUUUCUAUUAGCUUACAGGCAGAAACCACGUGAAACAUUUUCCAUAUCUAUUACAUACCAUAUGGUUAUACAAUACCAUAGAUAUUGCAAUAUAUAAUGUAUAUGAAUGUGUACAGUGCGCAUAAUAAAAGGACCACCUUGAAAAACUUUUGAUCUAAUGAUUGCAUCUUCACAUUCCAGUACUCAAUUUUAAGUUACAAAAACAUAGUUUCUCUGAAUGAACGUAGCUUUUAUCGAUGGAUUCAGAUCUCUGACAGCCAAAAUUUAGAAGAUAGAAUCUGAGAAAUAUGGUCCCAAAGUUUGCAUCCCUAAAUUUUUAUUUUACUUUUUCCGUAUUUCGCUACAUGUUGUGAAAUUUUUCACACAGUAAUAAAAUUCAAUUAUCUAAAGAUAAUUCCAUGCGGGAAAAAAAAAUUUGGAAUUGUUAUGUAUACAAUUUUUUGCAUUAUUUUAACAAAUACAAUUUUGCAUGGCAAAAUACAAAAUUUGGGCAGAAUCGGUGAAUAGUUCCAGGGAAAUUGAAUUUCAAAACAGUCAGAUAUAUUUUUGACCAAUUCUGAAAAAGUCUGAUUUUGUAACUUUAAAUAUAGUCUGCAGUUAUUAAUUAGCACAUUUGAAGUCACUCAUUCAAGCCAUUGAGAUUUAGUCCUAGAAUAUGAAGAGCCAAUCAUUAAAUCAAAAGUUAUUCAGGGUGGUUUUUUUUUUUUUUUUUGCACACUGUACUAUCCACGUGUUAGUAUCAGAAUUCUAACUGCCUAACUAUGAAGAGAACUUUGUUACCUAUCUAAAUUAUAGUAAAAUUUUUCAAUUAUCUUGCAUUAAUCAUUAUUAUACUUUUAUUGUAUUUCCAGAGCAGCAUGCUUUAUAAACUUCGCAUUUAAUACUGUGCAUAUUUUUCAAAGAGAAUCAGUUCACAAUAAAUAUAAAAAUAUUUUAUUUACAAA